AUGUUUAUGAGGUCCAUUGAUAGAUCUAAUUUUGUGAAGAAUGAUAAAAAUUUAUUUGAGAUGCUUGAUACUCUUAUGGAGGAGAUUGGAGAAGAUAAAGUUGUGCAAGUCAUAACGAAUAAUGGGAACAAUUAUAUUUUGGCUGCUCAUUACACAGAUCUUAUGCUUGAAGAUAUUAGAAAGCUUCUCUUGAUAAAGGAGACAAUUCAAAGGGAAAUAUUCUAUUGUUGGCUUUAUCUACAGUCAUUCAAGUACCUUGACUUUGUUGAGAAAUUUUACAAACAAGAUGCAGUUACUAGAUUUGCAACUUCUUUUCUAUCAUUAGAAAAGCUUCAUCAAGAAAAAGCAAAUCUUAGAAAGAUGUUUACUUCUGAAGAGUGGUGUAAAAACAAGUUGUCAAAGGAAGUUAAAGAGAAGCAAGAAACAAAAAUUCUAUUAAAUCCUGUAUUUUGGAAUAAUGUGGUAUAUACUUUGAAAAUCAUGACUACUCUUGUUCGGGUAUUACAUUUGGUUGAUGGGGAAAGAAGACCAGCCAUGAGAUAUAUUUAUGAAGCAAUGGAGAAAGGUAAAGAAGCUAUUAUGAAGUCAUUCAAAAAUAAUAAAAGCAAAUACAAAGAUGUGUUUGCAAUCAUCGAUAAUAGAUGGACUUGUCAGCUUCACCGUCUAUUACAUGCAGCUGGUCACAUUUUGAACUUAAAGUUAUAUUAUGACAACCCUCAAAUAGAAUUUGAUUUGGAAGGUACAAAUGGGUUGUAUGAUUGUAUCAAGAGGUUGGUGCCAAGUCGGGAUGUGCAACAAAACAUACUACUUGAAUCACCAAUUUAUAAGAGUGGCGGUGGUCCCUUUGGGUCCGACUUUGCAAAAUCACAAAGAAAAGUAUUACUUUUGCUUAAUAGUGGAGAAUAUAUAGACAUUUAG